AUGGACUGGGUGAAGGGGCUGCUCGGCAUCAGAACCCUCAAAAAGGGCACCAAAAUCUGGUCGGCCACCACGCCGUACGUCAUCGAGAAGCUGCUCGGCGAGGGCGGCUUCGGGGCCGUUUAUAAGGUUCACGUCGCCGGCGACCCGUCCCUCACUUACGCCAUGAAAAUCGAGCAGCGCCGUCGGCCCGGGAAGGAGCUGAAGCUGAAGAUGGAGCUGAAAAUCCUCCUCGCUGCGGGCGAUAGUGACCGUCGCUGCCUCCACUUUACCAAACUCAUCGACCGGGGCAGCCGACCGGAAUUCGUCUUUAUGGUAAUGGAACUCGUCGGCAAGUCGGUGAAGGACGUGCAGCGUGAGCGUCGCGGCAAGGUGUUCACCAUCUCCACGGCCUGCCAAGUCGCCGAGCAGACGCUUGAAGCCCUCGAAGACAUGCAUGCACUCGGAUAUAUCCAUCGCGACAUCAAGCCGUCCAACCUGACGAUCGGCGUCGGCGCCAAGCGCCACAUUGUCUACCUGCUCGACUUUGGCAUCUCGAGAAAGAUUCGGAAUGAGGACGGAGAGAUUAAGUUGCCCCGCUGGAAGUGCACGUUUAAAGGGACGGUGAAGUACGCGUCGCUGGCAUGCCACACGCUGCGCGAGCAGAGCGGCAAGGACGACCUGGAGUGCUGGGUGUAUCUGUUUGCCGAGUUUGUGCAUCCUGGAGGACUCCCGUGGCGCAACAUGGACAACACGAAGGAGGUGUACCGCGAGAAGCGCAAGGCCCACGAACGCCCCCGCGACCUGUUCACCGGAUUCUCCAGGCCUGAGACCUGUCGCUUCAACGAUGGCUCAAUGUCUGCCCCUCUCGACUGGGUGCAGCGUCACUCCCCGGUCACGCCCGAGCAGUCGCGCUUGUCGGUGCGCCAGGACGCGACCAGCUCGCGCUACGGCGACGGCUAUCGGCCAAAGCAGGGACAGCCGCAGCAGCAGCCACAGCGCCCGCCGAGGAGGAGGAGCAGCAGCAGCCGGGGAAUGACUCGGUCGUCCACCAUCCACGCCAUUAGCCGGGACCGCCACCCGUGCACGCGCAAACUCGUCGACUCGGAU